AUGUGCAACCUAAAGCUGCCAGUUGUCUUCAUUGUGCUCUCUGUUGCUUUAAGCUACUUGGAGGCUACACCUAUGGAAAGUCACCGCUUGGAGAAACGGAAAUGCAACACUGCUACAUGUGUGACGCAACGUUUGGCUGACUUUUUAGUUCGAUCCAGCAACAACAUCGGAGCAAUUUAUUCACCUACCGAUGUGGGAUCCAAUACAUAUGGCAAGAGGGACCGAGUUGGGCUUUUAAACAGAGAACCCCUAAAUUAUCUACAGCUUUAG